AUGGCGGAGGCAUCAGCUUCGUCCAAUCCCUUUGACGAUCUCACUGCAGAGUUGAGCGAUCUAAACCUUCACCCGCCAGAGCAAGACGCAACCCCGCAUAUAUCAAAUAAUCGUGAAGACGAUGGCCCGCGACCGGCGGAUUCAGUUCGAGAAACUGGAGAUACACUAGAAAUUGUCCCGAGAUGUCCUGGGGGCGUCACAGUCAACUACGCCCUGGACUGGUAUUACCUCCCAGACGUGUUCGAUGACACCGCAGACUAUUUGAUAUGCACCAGAUGCCAUGCCGAUCACAUCGAAGGAACUGCCCUUGAAUCUCAGUUCAAAAUGAUACGGUGGCCGGAUGGCGAAGUUGCCGUCUGCGGGUUUCGGUUUCCUCGCAUCAAAAAUGUUCUCUGGCCCGAAGCUGUUCGGACAAACAGCGUGAAAGCUCUACGUGAAUACAUGACUAGGCGCCUGCAGUUCAAGAAAUGCCCUGGUCAGACUAUGACUGAGGAUACUGAGGGCAGACUCGUCUAUGGCAUGAUGGGCAAUGAAAUUGAAGGAUUUGCCGCGUGUGAAGCCUGCAUUAAUGAUUAUGUUGCUGGGACUAGCUUUCAGUCCAAGUUCGGCAGUUAUCCUGAAGGAGUCUCGAAAUUCAGUUGCGAUUUGAGCGUCCCCUACAUUAUGGGUGCUAUCGCUCCCAUGUCCAAGCACAAUAACUGGAACGGCUUCGUAAAUACCGCGCGACGACGUUUUCAACUUCCAGCCUGCAAAGGCGAGCAGAUACGGACUGAUGCUGCUGAAUGGUAUCUAUCAACGAACCACACCAUUGGGAACUUUCAGGUCUGCGAGACGUGCUACUGGGACAAGUUGGCACUAACUCCUUUCAAACGAGAGUUCGAACGCCUGGACCACGACUUUAAUCCGGAGCUGUGGACCUGUGGACUAGCAGAUAGGAAUCUGUCAACACAUAUAGCAUUAGGAGAAGCCGAGGAAAGGCACGACUUCCAAGUGUUUGUAAAAGCGGCGCGGGUCAUCAACCGCCUCCCUCCUUGCACAGCAGACGGCAUCCUCUACGGAAACUGGUGGACUCUAAAGGGUGGAUGCGAAAAGUUCAACAUAUGCGAGGCAUGCUUUGCAGGGUUUAUCCAGACGAGGGACCUGGACCGUUUCUUCCAGCCGUCGGAUCGAGACACUUACAGUGCUUACGUGUGUGACUUUUGCCCUUGGACUCCGCGCUUCUCCCAAUACAUGGUCAAGUUUGCGGAGAUGCUCGACCGGGGAGUCUUUUCUUACUUUUCAGAAUUCGUCACGGCUUUUGCGGGAGUGCCUCUUUGUCCCAAGAUCAAGGAGUGUAGCAAAGCGAAGUGGUGGGGAUACCCAGAGGCUCAAUUCUGUCAGGAAUGUUAUCUCGACUUCGUAGCUUACACGCCGUUGGCGGAUUCGCUACCCUUGAACGGAGAGUAUAUCGAGGGCACGACGCUCUGCCAGAUAUGGUCGCCACGAUUGCGGGAGAUGUGGCUAGAAGUGUGUAAUUCCGGCGAGCCGGGGUCCAAAGAGUCAGACGCCGCUCUGAAGCAGUUCAAGGCGUUCUGUCUACAGAGAGUUCAGAUAUACCUGAAGACGAUUUCGCAGAUUGACUUGAUUCUCACUACGCAAAAUAUCAAGCAGCAAACCGCAUUCAGCAACGCGAUACUCAGCAUUCGGUACCAGGGCAUGGAUGCGAUGUCGAGCAUUUUCGGCACAGGAGAUGGGCGUAAAUACGGGAACAGCAGCCUCGGAUGGUUCGACACAAGUUAUGGGGCUCAGUCGAAGCAAUACUGGAACGAUUUCACGACUGACCUCUCGGAUUCAAAUCGAACCGAGGACUGGGUGCGCAUGGCACAGCUAGAGUCUAUUUGGAAGCAGGUGGAAUAG